AUGCACAAGCCGCAACUUCCCUUGCUCGCUGCAUUUGGGGAAUCGACAGCAGAUGUGAGGCACCCACAUCACAACGCACGAGAAUCAUUGGAUGAGAACGAACGGCAAAUGCGUAAGCAAAUGCGAUUACACGCCCGAGUUUUCAAUGGUUGCCUCCUUUCAGUCACAUUGAUGCGGCCUGACACAGUAUGUUGGCAACCUUGGCUGUCCCCGUUGGCAAGGCAGAUAAUGCCAAUCACCUCCUCUGUCGCAGCAUUUUCUCUCAGCCGAUGGAUGCACAUAGGGACCUCAGGAGGACAGACAGCUAGAGCGAUGGACUUGGAGGACAAGGGCGGCAACGCUCAGUCAAGUUCGAGCCGACGUGCUGAGAGACCGUUGGACUCCGCAGACUACACCGUGGGUUGGAUAUGUGCAGUCACAACGGAGUAUGUUGCUGCGCAAGCCUUCCUCGACGAGAAGCACGGCAGACUGGAAUAUACGUCUCGCAACGAUAACAAUGACUAUACUUUAGGUAAAAUCGGGAAACACAACGUGGUUAUUGCUGUUUUGCCUCAAGGCGAAUAUGGCAUUUCCUCGGCAACCGGCGUCGCAAAAGACAUGCUACAUAGCUUCCCCAACGUCAGAAUUGGCCUCAUGGUUGGCAUCGGCGGUGGCGCGCCAAGUCAAAACCAAGACAUCCGUCUUGGCGACGUUGUGGUCAGUGCCCCCAGUGGUGGAAAUGGCGGCGUGUUUCAGUACGACUUUGGCAAAACGAUAGAUGGCCAAAGUUUCCAUACAACUGGCUUUCUAGACCAGCCGCCAAUCUUCCUCCGCACGGCGGUAAACGGACUCAGAUCCGACUAUGAGAUGGAAGGACAUCAGCUCGAACAGGCUAUAAACAAAGCUCUUGAAGCCAAGCCAAGGCUACGGAGGAAGUAUAAGCGACCAGACGCAAGUACCGACAGGCUGUAUCGAACUGGGUUCACCCACCCAGCAAACAAUGAGGCAAGCUGCGACGAGUGCUGCGGGAGCGAUUUAUCGAAAUUGAUACCAAGACGCGAGCGGAACGGGGAUGAGGAUGAUAACCCGGCCAUUCACUACGGCUUGAUUGCCUCCGCGAAUAGUCUGAUGAAGGACGCUUUCGUCCGAGAUAAACUUUCCGCAGAAAAAGGUGUUCUCUGUUUUGAAAUGGAAGCCGCAGGGUUGAUGAACCAGUUCCCUUGUUUGGUUGUUCGUGGUAUUUGUGACUACUCAGACACUCAUAAGAACAAGGAAUGGCAAGGAUACGCAGCAAUGGCGGCAGCUGCCUAUACAAAGGAUCUUCUAUACAGGAUCUUGCCAGACCAGGUUGUGGCUGAGAAGAAAAUCAGCGAUAUUCUGUCCGUAGAACUUCACGACAUUGCGAUGAAGCAAUUGGUUAGAAAGGCUAUCGGAAAAAGCCAAAACGUGUCAUCAGUUGUUCCGCCUACAGCCGGCGGUAGUGACGCCACAUACGAGUGGUAUAAGAACCGAGUAGAGGAAAGAGUCGAUGGCACAUGCCUGUGGUUUCUGAGACACAAGCAUUUCCAACAGUGGUUAAACCAGGACUCCGGCCCUUUGCUAGUCUCGGCCGAUCCUGGCUGCGGUAAGUCGGUGCUGGCUAGAUACUUGAUCGACGACUACCUGCCACGAUCGGCAACCAUUUGCUAUUUUUUCUUCAAAGACCAAGACCAGAACACCGUCCGACAAGCACUCUGCGCUCUGCUCCACCAGCUGUUCACUCACAAACACUGCCUACUUGGCCAUGCCAUGGCACAAUUCGACAAAGAUGGGCCAGGUAUGAUCAACUCCACACAAUCGCUCUGGAUUAUUCUUGAAAAUGCCAUUAAAGAUCCCCAAGCCGGAUCGGUUAUCUUGGUCCUAGACGCCCUGGACGAAUGCGCCGAGCCAGAUUUUAAAACCUUGAUGCGGAACAUGAAGAGCCAACUUAGCAGCGGCGAGAUAGGACAUGGUAAGUUGAAGUAUCUCCUAACAUCUCGCCCGUAUAAGCAGAUCAUGUCGGGUUUUCGCGAUCCCAGUCUGUUGGCUGCCUUUCCAAGUAUUCAUAUACCAGGAGAAGAGGAAUUGGAGACCAUCAGUCAGGAGGUGAAUCGCGUCAUUACAUAUCGUGUCAACCAGCUGUCCCACCACGUUUCACCUGGAAUCAAAAAUCUGCUUGUGCAAAAGCUGAUGGAGACAAGCCACCGCACGUACCUCUGGUUAUACCUUGUGUUUGACGACUUGAAGGACGAAGAUUUUACUAUGACACCAUCGGGAGUCAAAUCCGCUAUUGCAACACUUCCAAAGACUAUUUACGAGGCAUACGAGCGAAUUCUAAACAAAUGCAAGGAUAACCCAAUGGUUCGAAAAGCGUUGAGCGUUAUCUUGGUGGCAAAUCGACCUCUAACAGUCUCGGAAAUGAAUGUGGCGAUGAACGUGAACGAUGCAUCACAGUGCAUCUGGGAUAUAGAACUGGAGAAUGAAGACGAUUUUAGGUCGCGUCUUAGAUCCUGGUGUGGAUUAUUUAUCUCAAUCCAUCAUGAUAAGCUCUAUUUUCUUCAUCAAACAGCUCGAGAGUUCCUAUUAGCCGAUUUGACAUUGCCCGUCCAUAUCCCAUCGGAACGUCACUGGCAUCGGUCCUUCACUGCUAAAGGUGCACAAAUCGUUCUUGCAAAACUUUGCGUGCUUUAUUUCAGCAUUUUAAACUCCGGUUACAGGCAUUCUGAGGACGAGAUUACGAAUAGGGAAAAGAAGCUCAUAGUUGAUCGUUUCGCCUUCCUAGAAUAUGCAGUGGGGAACUGGGACAUUCACUUUCGGCAAGCUGAUAUUGUGGACGGCAGCGAAAUGGUGCCAUUGGCGUUGACAGUCUGUGACCUGGACUCAAGGAUCCAUGCGGUCUGGGUCAAAGGCUACUGGAAGCACAGAGGUGUGGCGCCUGAGAGUAUGACCAGGCUUAUGGUGUCUUCAUAUCUUGGGCUUGAUGCCGUUGUCAGGCUGGUGCUUGCAGUGGGCGUGAGCCUUGAGGCCAAAGAUACCAGGUAUGGCCGUACUCCACUUUCAUGGGCUGCUUGUGAAGGACAUGCGAGCAUCGUCAGUCUGCUUCUGGAGAGAGGUGCAGUUAUCGAUACAACGGACAGGCAUGGUCGAACGCCUCUGUCGCUGGCAGCCGAAAAUGGGCGCGAGACUGUUGUCAAACUGCUACUCGAGAAGGAGGGAGUUGACAAAAAUUCACGAUCAAGCGGUUCAUUUGAUGGCGGACGUUCUCCAUUGUCGUACGCUGCUCAGAACGGCCAUGAACAAGUGGUAGACAUCCUUCUCUCGCGUCGAAACAUUGUGGUUGACUCAGAGGAUAGAAGUGGCAAGACGCCGUUAACGUAUGCCGUUGCUGCGACCAAUAGCCGCAUCGCUCGUGCGCUAAUUAACCGAGGUGCCAGUGCUUCGAGGACUGACUUCGACCGGAAGGGCAUGCUCCAUCAUGCAAUCAACGCCGACUCUGAGCUUGGCGAAGUAGAGUUGCUCGUAAAGCUGGGUGCCCCUACCAAGUCGGAAGACAACGCUAACAUGACACCAUUGCAUUAUACUGUUAGAUUCGCAAGACGCGAUAUUGCUGAGCUACUUUUGCGGUAUAAUGUGCCUGUGAAUACUGCGGUUCACAGGAGAUUGUGGACUCGCGAAUUUGAAGUUGGCAAUUAUAUAUGGAAGCCGGAAGCCGUGGAACCGGCUGUUUCUUCUGAAGCUAAGAGUGGUCUUACCGCACUGCAUUGUGCUGCUUUGGUUGGCCAAGAUACAAUGGUUUCUUUCUUCCUUUGUAACAAAGCAAACAUAAAUGCACUUUCGGACUAUGGAGAGACUGCUCUCCACCUCGCCCUUGCGGCCACCGUGGAAGGGACGCGGUAUGAAGAUUAUUGGACGAGUGUCGAUUGGAAAGUCGAGGCUGUAUUGGACAUCAUCGAUGUGACGGACAACGAUGAAUUUGCCAGAGCCCAGCAUGACAUCCUGAAUCGUCGGAUGGCGGUGCUUGAUGUACUGCUUAACGACCCAGAAAUAGACAUCAGCAUCAGGGAUCAUAAAGGAGAAACGGCAUUGCAUAAAGUUCGAUACGGAAAUUUCGGGUCAAGUCGGUUGGUCGAAAGACUGCUCCAAAUGAAUGGAGAGUCUAUAUGCCGGUGUCGGGAUAACAGGACGCCUCUGCAUCUCGCAUGUGCGAAGCAAGAUGUGCAAUCGGUAUCCUUGUUGGCGCCACGUUCGCAACUUGCACCUUCAGACCCAGAGGGGCAAAAUGCUCUUCAUUUCGCUAGCACCAGUGCAUGUGUGGAAACUAUGACGGAAGUCAUCCGUGUAUGUGAAAGGCAAGGUAUUUGA